UGUUUUCAAAUUAUCAUUUGUGUUAUAUACUACUGUUUGAUUUAAUAUGAGUGCAAAAAAAGUGUUCAUAUAAAUAUUGCGUAGUUCUGGAAUGCACAAAUACAAGUUUAAAUACUCCAGAAAAAGUAUUUAUUUGUUUGCCAUCCGACCAAAACCUUAGAAGAGCAUGGCAACGUGCAAUGAGGAGAUCUGAUUUUGUAUCCGUCAAAGGCACGAGAUUUUGUUGUGAAGAUCACUUUAAAGUUGAAGAGGACAUGGAAAAUUAUCUUUAUAUAAAAACCAUGAAAUGUGGAAGAAUAAAGCUUAAAGAAGCUGUCAUUCCUAGUAUUUUUGAUUGUCAAAAGAAGCGGUCCGAGUUGCAUACUCUUAAAACUAGAUCAUUGAUAUAGAAAAAAGAGUAAAGAGACAUUAUAAAACAACUGUUGCAUGAAAAUCCGGUAAAUGAGGAAGUUCAUUUGGAGGCUAAUAAAGAGGAAGAGAGUAAUAUUCAAAAUCCUACUUCAAUCGAUCGUGGUAUUGGUAUCCAACUUAAUUUGAAACCACCAAGAAGAUCCAAAGCUAUUUAAUGUAUAAGGAAAGACUUGGUUCAAAUAACGUGUAAAAAACUAAGAUCAGAAGAUACUACUAAUGAAGGUAAUAAAAGACAACGAAAAUGUGAAACCCUGCCUCUCUUUGAUUCUCAAAAAGUUUCCUCAAUAGAUUUAAUUGCAUCCACGAGUGGUGAUACAACAUCUGGCACAUCUGUGUUCUCAGGUUUUGAUAUGUCCGAGGGUUAUGUACAAAUUUGGAAUUCGAAAGAAUACACUCAAAAAGAUAUUAGCUGAUGAUUUCUGUUUGUCAGUUACGAAAGUAUGUUCAAUAGUGCAAAAUGAUUUUCCUUUACUAGCUAAAUUCCUCAAGCCCUUCGUUCAGUGGAAAAGUUUAUUUGAUGUACAACAACUUCCGAUUCCAUUUAGACAUAGAUACAGAAGAGUACAAUGCAUAAUAGAUUGUUUCGAAAUAUCGAUUCAAAAACCAAGUAAUCCAAUUAACCAGUCAUUUUCUUGGUCUCAAUACAAAGGCUGCAACACUAUAAAGUAUUUGAUAGGUUGCACUCCAGAUGAUUUAAUUUCCUUUAUCUCAAACGGAUUUGGCGGAAGAAUCACUGAUAAAAUGAUUGUAGAAGAGUCUAAUUUCUUAAGUCUAGUUGAAGAUGAAGCACAAAUUAUAGCAGAUAGAGGAUUCAAACAUCUUGAAGAGCAGUUGGCAACCAGAAAUGCACAAUUAGUAAGGCCACCAUCUGUUUCAUCUGCAGAAAGAAGUUCAAAAGCAUAAGUAAAAGAGGAAAAGCGGAUAGCAAGCUUACGAGUACACAUCGAACGUGUAAUAUCAAGAAUCAGGGAAUUUCGUAUUCUUCAACCACAUGCCCGUAUUCAUUUACGGUUAAUCAAGUACUUAGAUCUAAUACUACAAAUUGUUUGUGGAAUUAUUAACAUUCAAAGUUUUUAAUUAAAUAAGAAACAGCUAUAU